UCGAAUCUUUAGCAUCGGGUUGUAACAUCAGUACCCGUCGUGCAGCAGCGCCAUUCGAUAACUAAAAUAAUCCAAAAUGGCAGGAGCCGAUGGAGACGAUUCUCUCUAUCCGAUCGCUGUGCUCAUUGAUGAGCUGCGAAACGAGGAUGUUCAGUUAAGGCUGAAUAGCAUCAAGAAGCUGUCCACAAUUGCCCUCGCCCUUGGAGUAGAGAGGACUCGCACUGAACUCCUUCCUUUCCUCACAGACACCAUAUACGAUGAAGAUGAGGUGCUGUUGGCUUUAGCCGAGCAGCUUGGCAACUUCACGAUGUUGGUGGGAGGGCCAGAGUACGUUCACUGUCUCCUGCCCCCACUGGAGAGUUUAGCCACAGUGGAAGAGACUGUAGUGAGAGACAAGGCUGUGGAGUCCCUGCGCAAGAUCUCUUUGGAGCACACUCCAGUUGACCUGGAGGUCCAUUUUGAGCCCCUAGUGAAACGGCUGGCCAGUGGUGACUGGUUCACUUCUCGCACAUCUGCUUGCGGGCUCUUUAGUGUCUGUUAUCCUCGUGUCAACAGCAGUGUCAAGGCUGAGAUCCGUCAGUUUUUUCGUAACUUGUGUUCAGAUGACACACCAAUGGUGCGUCGUGCUGCAGCAUCUAAGCUCGGAGAGUUUGCUAAAGUCCUGGAGCCUGAUUAUGUCAAAAGUGACAUCAUUUCUCUCUUCACUGCUCUUGCCUCUGAUGAGCAGGAUUCAGUGCGGCUUCUUGCAGUGGAAGCUUGUGUCAGUAUUGCCACCUUGCUGCCUCAGGAGGACCUGGAAACCCUAGUAAUGCCCACACUGCGCCAGGCUGCAGAGGACAAGUCUUGGAGGGUUCGCUACAUGGUUGCUGACAAGUUUUCUGAGCUUCAGAAAGCAGUUGGACCAGAGAUCACAAAGAACGAUUUGGUCCCAGCAUUCCAAAAUCUUCUCAAGGAUUGUGAAGCUGAAGUUCGUGCUGCAGCAGCCAACAAAGUUAAAGAAUUCUGUGAGAAUCUUCCAGAAGAUAAUCGUGAACAAAUCAUCAUGACUCACAUUCUGCCUUGCGUCAAGGAACUUGUUUCAGACACCAACCAGCAUGUGAAGUCAGCCUUGGCAUCUGUCAUUAUGGGCCUUUCAACCAUCCUGGGCAAGGACAACACAAUAGAGCACUUACUGCCACUUUUCUUGGCUCAGCUUAAAGAUGAGUGCCCUGAGGUGCGUCUCAAUAUCAUCUCCAACUUGGAUUGUGUGAACGAGGUGAUUGGCAUCCGCCAGCUUUCCCAGUCGUUGCUGCCAGCCAUCGUAGAGCUGGCAGAAGACGCAAAGUGGAGGGUUCGCUUAGCCAUUAUUGAAUACAUGCCCCUGUUAGCAGGACAGCUGGGAGUGGAAUUCUUUGACGAGAAACUCAACACACUUUGUAUGGCCUGGCUUAUUGACCAUGUGUAUGCAAUCCGUGAAGCAGCCACCUGUAACCUCAUGAAGCUGGUUGAGAAGUUUGGAGCAGAGUGGGCUCAAAACACCAUUGUACCCAAGGUGCUGGGAAUGGCCAAUGAUCCCAACUACCUUCACAGAAUGACCACGCUGUUCUGUAUCAAUUCUUUGUCAGAGGCUUGUGGUCAGGAGAUCACCACAAAGCAGAUGCUGCCAGUUGUUCUGAAGAUGUCCAAUGACCAGGUGGCCAACGUGCGCUUCAAUGUGGCCAAAUCCCUUCAGAAGAUCGGCCCUGUCCUUGACAACAAUACGCUGCAGACAGAAGUGAGGCCGGUGCUGGAGAAGCUGGCUGCAGACCCAGACAUGGAUGUCAAGUAUUUUGCCCAGGAAGCUAUAAGUGUUCUGUUCCUUGCAUAACUCGCCCAACAUAGAUUAAAAAACCAAACCAACCAACACAACGACGACUUCAAAACGACAUCAACACUUUUACAAGAUAUUUAUUGAUGUUCAGGAUCAACUGCUUAAUGUAUAGAAAUGCCGUUAACUUUUUUUUAAACUGUCAGUGACCUUUGCCAGCUCCUUAUUUGCCCCAUUUCUUUGCUGUAAAUGGGCGCUUUGUUAAAGGCAAAGUGCAUCAGUUGAUGCAUGUAGACGAACGCGCUGAUGUGCUAGCUAGGCAUCGUGAAUCACAAACCCUCUGACAUUCCUCCCUUUUUUUUCCUCUCUCUCUUCCCAUUGCUGGCCACUGUUGUGCUUUAGCCACAGUCUCUUUGCUAACCAUUAGCCUGGGCCCAGCCAACGCUCUGUGCCGCCGCCGCAGCACGUUUCCUCUUCGUGAUAGACACAGAUGGUCCAGCAUGCUGUUUAUUUUGCAGAUCUAAUUCUGUUGGUGUGACACUGGUGCUGCUCUCCACAGAAGCAACUGAAACGUCUGUUGUCCCCCCCCCCCAUACACACACACCAGAGCAGCCUGAACCGUUUGUUCUGUGCACAAAUUGAAUCCCUCAAACUAACGAGUUACCUGAAUGAAAAAAGGCCCUGCUCGUAAUGGGUUUGUAAUUAUCCCGCUUCCAUUUCCUCUUCCCAUUUUGUUUUUGUGCAAGAUCGGCGAAGUAGUCAGCCGUCAUUUUCUGCAAAAUGUUCUCUGCAUUGCUUUUCAUCUCCGCGUCGGCUGCUUUGAUAGGCGGCUGCGGUUCAGCUCUUUAAGACGUUCAUUUCUCUAAAGGACACUUUAUUCUGUGGAUCUAAAUUAAGCCGCCCGGUUUCUCAGUAAGUCAGUGCCAAGCACGCCACUGUACGUGAGAUUUAAAAGGUUUUAGGACCUCUUACUCACUUGUAUACAUAAACGACACGUGCAUGUCUUCUGCAUAAAGUGAUUGGAGGGACGUGGUGGGGUGUUUGUAUUUAAGGAUGCAUAAAGUUUUAUUUCCCUGAGUUGUUUGUCUGCUCAUCCUUCUGUCCUCUUUCUUUUGGUCUCUCAAAUGAAUCUUGAUUGUUGAUUGUCCUGUGUCUUGAAGAUUGUGCUUUUAUUUUUAUUUUGAAUUUUCUUCACAAUUGGGAUGCUGUACUACUGUAUCUUGAUCUGAAUAAAGUAACACAAAGUGAA